CAAGGCAAAUAGCUAGCUCGAUUAUGUUGCAUGAACUUGAAAUAUUCGUACUUGGAAUAUUUUUUGUACUUGCUCGAGGAUAAAUGAUUUUCUCGGACAGUUGACAUUGGGAGUCCAGUGUAGUGAACAGCGUAGGCGAGGCCCAUGGAAGGAUCGUCAGGGACACGUGUAGGCAAAAUUUAAAGUGGAACUGUGAAGGUUGCAAGAGGCGGAGAUUUUCUUGUACAGUCGUCUCCGCAUUCGGCGAAGAUCUCUCGAUCCAUCUAGUUCUGCCUUUGAACACGACCAUUCUUUGUUAAGGCUUUUUAAACGGUAUAUAUGGAUUUCAACAAUUAAUCGUAGCUUUGAAAAGUUAAUGAGAACGUUCUUUCGUUUUUUUUUAUUGAAAAGAUGGAAUACUCGCAAAUUACAAUUCUACUUCUCUCAUUGUUGGCAAUUGUCAACGCUGGAUAUUAUUCAAGAAUUCUGUCAUUAAGCAACAUAGGUUGCGAGACUCAUACUUGUGGAGUCAAUGCAAGAUGUACACUCAGCGAAGGCAGACCGGUCUGUUCUUGUAUGAAUUUGCACAUGGGAGAUCCUCUUUCUCGUUGCGCCAGAGUGGAAUGUUUAAUCAAUGGAGAUUGUAUUGGAAGCAGAGUAUGCACCAAUAACAGAUGUGUAAAUCCUUGCGAUGGUUUGUGCGGUGUGAACGCGUUAUGUGAGGUCAGAAAUCACGUUCCGGUAUGUUAUUGUCCUACUGGGUAUAAGGGAGAUCCUUUCACUUCUUGCCGUAUAGCUGACCCUCAGGCUGCGUGUAAACCGAGUCCGUGUGGCGAUAAUACCAAAUGCGAAGUAGUGAAUGAGGUUCCCGUUUGCAGUUGCCUUCCGGGUUACAGAGGAUCUCCUUUGACUGGUUGUCGUCACGAGUGCGAAAGCGACAGUGAAUGCCCGAAUCAUCUUGCCUGCUCGUCUAAUUUCAGGUGUGAAAAUCCGUGUAAAUGCGGCGAAAAUGCGGAAUGUCACGUUAUCAAUCAUCAGGCGAAAUGUAGUUGUCCAAACAACUGGUUGGGAAAUCCGUUCGUAGCCUGUCGUCCGGAAUGUACCACGCACUCAGAGUGUCCAGGAAACAAGCCAGCUUGUUUGAAUCAAAAAUGCGUAAAUCCUUGCGACGGAGUUUGUGGUGUGAACGCAGACUGUAAUCUCAGAGACAUAACUCCAGUUUGCAGUUGUCCGAAGCAUAUGACUGGCAAUCCAUUUGUCAGCUGCAGAUUGUUCGAAGCACGAGAUUUGUGCGAGCCUAAUCCUUGCGGAAGCAAUGCAAUUUGCACUCCUGGCCACGACAACACCGGAAGGGAAAGGCCAGUGUGCACGUGCCCUACAGGAUACAUAGGGAACGCUCUGGUUAGCUGUCAACGUGGAGAAUGCCUCAGCGACAGCGAAUGUCCAGAUAACAAGGCGUGUAUUGGUUAUUCUUGUCAAAAUCCUUGUACUGGGAAAGAAUGUGGGCCAUCCGCUAUUUGCGCAGCCAGACGUCACAUUGCAGUGUGUACCUGUCCGGAUGGAACUCGCGGGGACGCUCUUUAUAAUUGCGACCCAAUUGAGAGUAGAAUUGCGUCCAACCGUAGUCGAGCUUAUCGAUAUCGUUAUUAUUGAGGAUCACGAUCAUCGUGAUCCUUCAAUCGUGAUCGACGUAACGAGUAGUGUUUCUGUAUAAGAUUAUCUUCCAAAAGAAUAUAUAUUUAUUAACAUGAUUAAUUACUUUAGCUAAAUAUAUAUAUAUAAUUGACUAUGCAAAAUAAAUGUGACUCUGUGACACAUUAUCAAGCUUAUUAUUCUUAUCACAGUUUGCUUUCGCGACACAAAAUACCGCAAAUUCAAAUGUAAGUAAUUUUAAACUGAAUUCUAUAUCAUUAUAUAUAUAUACACACAUGCAUACAAUAAUGAACGAGCAUUAUCUUUCCGUAUAUUAUAUAUUAGAGCUGAGAGUAAUUUUACAUGUCAUAUAAC